AUGGAUCUUCUCCGCCCUAUCAUCGACUGUCUCAUGGGUCACGCCAACGAAAGCCCCAGCAGUCAUCACGACGACAAGCGCAUUGCUUACAGGUCCCAACCACGCGCGGCACAAGAAAUCGCUGCAGACGUUCUGUCCUGGACAGGCAUCACCAGGAAGAGACUCGAUGAGACUGUGGGAGAGUAUGGAUGGACGGAGGAAAUUGGCAAAGCCGUCCUGCACGGGCUCGAGCAGGCGAUCAGGGCCCGUGCCAAGAUGACCGAUGCAGUGAACCAAGCCGUCCAAACAGCCACCGAAGCUGCGGUGGGCUUUGCGAAGGAGCACCCGGUCUACUGCACCCUCAUCGCCCUCGGUGUUUUGGCCAUCUUGACGCCCUGGGUAAUCGAAGCCCUUGGAUUCGGGGAACUGGGACCGAUUGAGGGAUCGUUCGCCGCUUUCUGGCAGAGAAUGUAUGCCGGCUAUGUGCCUAAGAAUUCUCUAUUCUCAUACUUUCAGCGGUUGGGCAUGAUCUGGAAGCAUUAA